GGGUUUAAAAUUUAAAUAAUAAACAAAAAUUGAAAGGAACUCAGGCAGUUGUAGUCAAAUGAUGAUGGCAUGCAAAUCUGCCAUGUCCACCUUGCUUCCCAGAAUGAAUGCUAGUAGAAAUAGACUCAGAGUGGCAUAAUUUAUUUUUCUUUGAAGAUCCUAACCCAGUCCAUGUUCAUUUAUCCUGUAAACAGACAAUGUCUGAAAUAGGGGUAGAAACUGAUAUAUGUUUUAAUGAACAUGCAAAUUAUUUACAAAAUUGUUCCACUGCCUAGAAUUAAGUGCAACCCAGAUUUUUAAACCACUUGUGUACAGAUAGGAAGAGUUAAUUUAAAACUUUCUUUGUAAUAUUUUACACUUUCAUGUUUCCUUUUGUUCUUAUAGUCAAUUAGCAUUUUGCAUACACUAUAUAUCAACUCUGUACUUUGUAAUUUAAACUGAAGACGACAGAAGAUUCUGUUGAAACAUGUUUUUAGAAAACAUCGUGUUGUUUCUCAAAAUAGGAAGAGUUAUGAUUAAGGAAAAACAAUUUGUAAUGAAAAGAAAAAUUCUUUUUUUUUCUUUUUUUCAAAGUUGGAAAAAAAUUAAAACGUUAUACCCUUGUACCCUUUCCAUCCUACCCCACCCCAACCGCACACUUUCAACAUACCGUCCCCUCUACCACAGGGCCUCUACCAUAAAUUUCUCUGCCAAAGAGUGGAGAAAGACUGGGUUCUGGGAACAACGAAAUGGCGGCGAUCUGAGAGGAAAGUUCUCAAACGGUUUCUUUAUUUUGUUUCUGCUGUAUUUGACAAUUUCACCAUGACAAUUGCUAUCGGAUUUGAAGGUAGUGCAAACAAACUAGGCAUUGGCAUUAUAAAAGACGGCGUUGUCCUCUCUAAUGUACGAACAACUUACAUUACUCCGCCGGGACAAGGGUUCCUACCAAGAGAUACGGCGAAACAUCACCGAGAAAAUAUCAUUGACAUUUUGAGAAGAUCUUUGAAAGAGGCUAAUGUCAAACCCCAGGAGAUUGACUGUGUGUGCUACACCAAAGGUCCUGGUAUGGGUGCCCCUUUGGUCUCUGUGGCCGUUGUUGCACGGACAGUUGCUCAGCUUUGGAAGAAGCCUAUUGUGGCUGUCAAUCAUUGCAUUGGACACAUUGAGAUGGGACGGCUUGUGACAGGUGCUGUCAAUCCCACUGUCCUCUAUGUGAGUGGUGGGAACACACAAGUUAUAGCGUACUUACAGCGGCGAUAUCGCAUCUUUGGAGAAACCAUUGACAUUGCUGUUGGAAAUUGUCUGGAUAGAUUUGCAAGGGUCUUGAAGCUUUCAAAUGAUCCAAGUCCUGGAUACAACAUAGAACAGAUGGCUAAAAGGGGAAAGAAGCUUAUUGAUUUGCCAUAUACAGUAAAAGGAAUGGAUGUGUCAUUUUCAGGGAUUCUGUCAUACAUUGAAAGUAUGGCACCAAAACUACUUGCUUCAGGAGAGUGUACACCAGAAGAUUUAUGUUUUUCACUUCAGGAAACAGUUUUUGCCAUGUUAAUUGAAACAACAGAACGAGCAAUGGCUCACUGUGGAUCAAGUGAGGUUCUUAUAGUUGGUGGAGUGGGAUGUAACAAGAGAUUACAAGAAAUGAUGGGUGUCAUGGCUAAAGAGAGGGGAGCCAAACUUUAUGCUACCGAUGAAAGAUUUUGUAUAGACAAUGGGGCAAUGAUAGCGCAAGCUGGCUGGGAGAUGUUCCGAUCAGGAUGUGUCACUCCCCUUGAGAAAACCACAUGCACUCAGAGGUAUAGAACAGAUGAAGUCGAAGUAACUUGGAGAAGUGACAGCUGACCUUAGUAUUGGUUACCAUCUAUAGGUAAAAUAAAAUUUAAACUGAAAUAGAGCAGCCAGUGUGUUCCAAGAUUCCAAGGAUCAGAGUUGUAGCCAUAUCUUGAAACAGUUAUUCAGUAGGAAUCGAUAGUUUAAUGGUUAAAUUUUAGUUCAAUUAUAUAUACUUAGCUAAACUGUACAGCUGAAUUUUUUUGUUCAGUAAAUUAAAGUUUGUUCUGACAAGUUGUGAAUUAUUUUAUUUGCUGAUAGAAAUGCCUGGUCUCUGUCUCCAAAUUUUCAUCUUUCAAUGUAUGCCUAAAGUUCAGUUCAGUUUUCUGAUUGUGGUAUGUUAUUCAUUCAACACAGUGGGCCAAAAUCUAACAAAAAAUUAUUAGUUUUAACCUCUGGCCUAAAAUGAGAGCCACAAGUUUGUUUCCCAGUGAAACUGUCCAAUAACUCGGCCAUGAUACAAAUAGUUAAAUAGGGCCAUAUCUUUUGUUUUCCCAAACUUUCACUCAUGUUUCCACAACUCAAAAGAAACAUGGAAAAUGCUUUCUCUUUCCUAAUUAAAAUAAAAGGUAACCAUACAUAAUGACAUUGCUAGGUAAAAAUCAACAUGUUCACAAGUUUAAAUACAAUUACACAAUGUAAAAUCAUAUUGAAGAAAUUUUUUCAUGUUUUUUCAAUGUACCAUAAGUAAGCCCAAUUGUUAGAUAGCAAUUUUUGUGGUAUUUGUAAUAAUAAAAGAAGGUUAUUGUGAUAAAUAUAGAGAUGGUAAAUGUUCAGCUUAGUUUAUGUGGAUUAUUAUGCACAUUCCUACUGAUCUGAACAGUGUGCAGGAUGCAUACCACAUAAUAAUUAACCUGGCUAGUAAAUGACGUAGCUCACCACAAGACUUCUUCAACUCCAGUUACAAGUACAUGUGGCCUCCUGCACAGACAUUCUUGUGGCUUGUCACACACUCCUCAGGAUAGAUUGCAUGACAAGCCCAAACAGUGUCUGCAUAGGAGGCCAGUCCUGUUAGGGACUCAGAGGUUUUUCGUUCUCUUAUACUGGUAACUAACUGAAUAAUUAUAUAGUAACUCAAUAAACUGAUCGGAGUUAUAUAAUUAUUCAGAUGAGGAAGUGACAAUUUUACAAAAGAUAACAAGCCCUAGUGUCAACCAUGAUAAAUUUUUUAUUUGAGCUAAUUUUAUUACAAACUUAUUGUUAAAAAAUGUGCUCUUGUGUAACAUUUUAGCCCUUUAAAUCCAGGUGGAUUCUUCAUAAUCAUUGGCAUGCAUUUCAAGAAGAAAUUUUAAGUACCUUUAGUUAGUCUUCUAUUAAGUGCUUCCUUUCUGGAACAAGAAGUUUACUAAGCCCGCCUUUCCAGCCACCUGCUUCUUUACAACCAAAGACAUGACUGUUAAACUGUCUUACAAGAGUGCAUUUUCUCCAUUGCAAAUCCUGGCAAAUUCAGGUACAGUAUUUGCUAGCUUUCAAGGGAAACAUAAAUGGUACUCUCCCUUCCCUUUCAAGCCCCAAUUAAACUUGAUGGAUUCUCAGACGGUCCAGGUCGGCCAUGCUCUCUCUCUCCCUUCCAAUAGGCCUGCCAGAUUUUAGUUGCUGAUUAUUUGGGUUCAAAGGAUGAAAACUUCAUCUAUUUUUACAGAUACAGUCAUGUUGCUUCACAUCCAAAGACUGCAGCUCCCAGAGUGGUACUCAAGGACAAAAGAAAGCUGUUAAAAUCUUUAAUUUUUGUAAAUAAUAUCCCUCUUAGGACACUAUAAUAUACACCUACCAUAAUACCAGCUGUCAUCUUAUUUACCCAAAAUAUUGUAAUACCCCAGUAAUUGUUAAUUUUUUGAAAACUUUUCAGUUCUUAAGCCAACUUGUUUUUUUUCUUUAUUCGGGUCAGUAAAUUUAUGACCUGAAUAAUAAUAUUUUUUUGCACCAUCUCUCUCUUUUAUUCUUGAGUACCACUUCUAUCUUUAUCUCUGAAAACCUUAGGUUUUUUUUUCAGAAUAAUAACUUUUAGCUUGUACAUAAAAAAACUUUCCUAUUUAUUUCUCUCACAUUCUUGUGGAACUAUUAAACUAACGACGUCAACCAUACUUCUCUCUGUAAUCAUGAUUUUAUUUUCCGUGUGCCCACCUUGUUAAAACAUAUACAACUAUUUUCCUGAAAUAAAAUAUCAAAUAAGUUAAGGCUUGAAAAUAUUUACCUAAAAGGGCUUUGUGCUUUGCACAUAAAACAUGAAAACUUUGCAUGUUUUUUUUUUUUUGGAUUAGUAUAUAUAAGAAACCUAAAACAAGUAUUUUCUUAAGAUAAAUUUGUUUCAGGUCCACACCUGUAGCUUGCCUUUGUUAAGAUCAAAUCUAAGUUAUUUUAAACAAUAAUUCCUUUCAGAAACAUUUUGAUUAUUCCUCGGUCAAUGCAGUUAGAGUUUGUCUACAAACUUAAUAGGCUACAUUCCUGAGAACUUAGAGAAACAUCAGAGUACCAUAGACUCUAUUUCCUGUUGGAGAUGAUGGGGCUUCACUGUUACUUACAGGGCAUUUGGUAGGUUAAAGUGACACCAUCAGCAGAGGAUUAUGCAAUUGGAAAGUUGUAACCAGAGUCAUAUUUUCAUUAAUGGAAGUUCCUCAAAAUAAUGGUCUAUUUUGCAUAUCAAUGAAGGUUCUUGAUAGCAAUUUAACACUGUUUUGAACAAAAAUGCAGGACCCCCCCCCCCCCCUCUUGAUUAUUCAAAGCAGCUUUUGUUCCCUUUGCAAAAGAGUUAGAAUAUGUUAAACAGAUAACCUUGUCUGUUUUGAACCUCUCAAUUUUUGGAACCAAUUUCCACUCCCCCAGGGGCUCUGUUGACUGCAAUCCAGUUUAAUUUAUGGUAAACAAGAAGGUUCUUUCCUUGGUCUAGAAUUUCCAUACAUUUUUACAACAUCAAUGGAAGCUUUUCUUGAUGUAAUCAAUCUCUCCAUUUUUAUGAGCUGCUCACUUUUAAAAUAAAAUUUAAAUCCCAGGAUCAUUAAAAUAAUGAAUCUUUCACAUUGAAGAUUAACAACAGUCUGAAAAAAAAAAUUGUGAAGUAACUUCCAACCAUGCACAUUUUUAAUCAUAUUCUUUUUUUCUUUCUCUCUGUUUCGUUUAUAUUACAAACACUUAUAAAAGAAACUGUUGAACUGCACUCAUAAAUUAACUCUAUCGCUGCAAUAACAUUAUAUUAAUAUAAAAAAGAAACAUCGGUGAAAGCAGGAG